CAGGCUCAAAAAUACUUCGCCCGGGGAAACGUGGUUCGAGUUUGCGUGAGAGAUUAGCCUGGCACUUAAGUAGUUGCUGAUUUAUGUCCUCAUUUCUUGUCUUUGGCUUCUUCUUCUUUUUGCUUCUUCGUUAGAAAAUGAAUGUCGCAAUAAUACAGAUGUUCCAGUCUGUCAAGCAACCAAAUUCAAGAUGGUCUUGGCUGGUGUGUGCCGCUUCCUUUUGUGUACACUUUCUCGUCGGAGGAGUUUCGAAUUCGUUUGGAACGAUGUUUUUGGCUCUCCUUAGAGAAUUUAAACGAAGCGAAUUAGAAACAGCAUGGGUUGGCUCCUUUGCCAUUGGCAUGACCUACUUCUGUGGCCCUGUGUCUGCUGCUCUGUGUGAGCGGUUUGGCUGCCGUAUUAUAGCAUGUGUAGGCAGCCUUCUAUUCAUGACGGCAUCACUCAUAACAUCAUAUAUGUCAAGCAUUAUUCCCAUGUACUUCACGUUUGGGUUUAUGAGUGGAUUUGGCUUCAGUUUUAUGUAUUUCUCCUCUCUAUUUGUACUUAUGCAAUACUUCACUGAUAAACUAUCACUUGCAAAUGGAGUUGUCUUGGCUGGUUCAGGGUGUGGCUCCAUGGCCUUUAGCCUUCUUUUAGGCAAGAUGUGUUCACUAUAUGGUGUACAUGCUGGAUUCAAGACUUUAGCUGUAGCGGGUGUAAUUGGGGUUCUGGCAAGCUCGGUGUACCACCCUACAGUGAGUGAUGAUGAAGGGGAGCUCCUAGUUGAGGAUAUUGAUAAGGAUCACGAGCGCAUACCCUUUAGACUGAGAUGUUAUGAUGCUGUCAAGCCUGGGCUUCAUUGGCAAAACAAGGCGUUCCUAUUGUGGACUGUUAGCCUCGGUCUGGUGUUUUUUGCUGUCUUUAUUCCAUACAUAUAUUUGGUCCAGAUUGCCAAGCUCAGAGGGAUCCCCCCGUCUCAGGGUAGUCUCAUGGUUGGCCUUAUGUGUAUCAGUGGGACUGUUGGCAAGAUCGUGUUUGGGAGGCUUGCUGAUGUGCGCUGGGUGAACCGGCUUUAUUUGCUCCAAGCCUCUCUAGUUGUCAUCGCUAUUGGAGCCUUCGUCUUCCCGUUCUUGCGCUCAUAUCCAGGUCUGCUCACCUAUGCACUGAUCCAUGGGUUCUUGGAUUGCGGAGCUGCAGUCAUGUUUGGGCUCGUAACUAGGGAUAUUGUCGGCAAAGAAAUGAUGGCUGCCGCGCUUGGUAGUAUGUAUGGGGUGGUUGCGAUACCAUUGACUGCUGGGCCCCCUGUGGCAGGGCUGAUGUAUGAAAGCCUCGGCUCGUAUAAUGCCGUCUAUUAUCUGGCCGCGGCUUUGACUUUGACUGGUGCCGCCCUCAUGACCUUUAUCCCGCGACUUUCACGUGCCCAUCGCGCGAGGCUCGAGAAGUUACUCCUCACCUACGACGAUUCUUCCGAGACGGCAUCGAUUGUUGACGAUCAGAAGCUCGCCGAGCUGCUCGGGUUCAACUCGCCGGGAGAGAUGAUGCUCGCGCAAAUUCGAGCAAGGCUUGACUCGGUUACAGAGUCGGUGAUCUCGCGUCGAUCUUCCAGCUUCGUGGGAAUAUUCGGAAUCGUCGGUGAUGAUAAUUAUCGCGAUGUGUCUUCGUACAACAGCAAGCUUGACCCGGAUACCCUCAGUGCGAUUGAUGUGUCUGUUUUAGGAACCAGGCGAUCGUCUCGUCAGGGAUCGAUGCUGUCUCGGCAUAGUUCGAUUCUUGGGCGGCAUGGAUCAAUAUUAUCUCGAACGCAUUCGGAGAUGGGUCGGCCAGGAUCGAUGAUAUCUCGGCAAAGCUCGUUACGGGGAACUCCCUCGCCUGAGCAUGUACCGCUUACUACUGCCCUAGAACCAAUAGAAGAGGUUCAAGCCGAUGUGAGUGCCAAGCCAGCGGAUACCCCGAUGAGGGUGUCCAGUCUUCCAACGGUCACUGAAGAAGAAUCCGUUCUAACUUAAAAUAAUGAUGACGAGUAUUUAUCGCAGGCUCAGCUCCAUGAGUAGAUGACAAAGUUCACGGCGCGGGGAGCAGGCCCAGGCCAUUGUUAAACAAAGUUUAAGGUGAUAUCCAAAUUCGUUGUUGCGCGACCUCGGUGAAUACAAAAUCCUUGUCUGGCUUUGGCUUGGGAAUAGCGCUGGCGGGAAUAGGACGUGUUUUAAUUAAUAGGAAAACAACCAUUAGUAAUAGUAUAGGUAAUCGAUAGUAAAGUAAAUCAAUAAUUCUUAAUUGAUAAAUAAAUUUAAAAUGUUUUAGAUACUUUUUUAGAACCCUAAAAUAUUUCAAAAAAUAUUUCAAAUACUCUUGAUAAACUAGGAGUCCAUCAUAACACAGUAGAGUGGUUCAUUGAGUGGUUCAUUAACCUGCGAAACAAGGUAUGAUAGUCAGGAAAACACAAAGGAGAACAAUGGAAUUAGAUCGCAAUAAAGUGUAAUACGCUGAAGUGUAGUUUGCGGGUUAAUGAAAAUCACUCUAGUGGCCUCCUCUACUAACCAUGAUCGUUAGGAGCGUACAACUGGAUCAUUGUCCUAAGUGAGCCUUCUCAAAUAAGAAUUGAACAGUGAUUUUAUUUCGACUGUGCAGUGAAAUUACUAAUUACUCUGACUACCUGUAGUAGCAGAAGUCUAGGUUUUGGCAUAGAUAAUUAUUUCAAAGAUAUUAAUACCCCAUACUUACUAACUAUCCACUACUUGGGCAUGAAUUAACUCUGAAGUACCUUAUUCUUAGAAUGUAACCUUAUUAAUUUUGUUAAAACUGUUAUACUUAGACUUUGCUUAUGUUACAGUAUGGCCUUGAAAUAAAGUAUAUUAAGUUAUUAUCUAUGGUUUUUCUUUAGUUACCAUAAGACAAUAUUACUUAACUGGACUUGUUUGAAUGUUCAAGAGAAAAGAAGAAAGCUGUUGAUUUUAACCAUGUUGAAGUUAAAUUGACUAUGUACGUAAGAGACACAAAAAUAAAAAAUGAUUGAAAUAUCUGUUUAUUUUAUCAUAAAUGCAGUAGUACAAUGGCUGUUUGCCAAUUUUUCUUUCAAUCUUUGGACUCGAUGUAAAUUAGCUGAAAACUGUUUGCUUGCUACUUCAAAUAAUUUUACCUUUUUAAUAAUUAGUUAAUGCAGUAGAUAACUGGCUGCUACUACUUAUAUUGAAAUUUUAACAGUAACUUAAAAAAAUGUAUAAACUCAAUUUUAAUAACUUUAGACUCCUAUGCUUUAAGUCAAUUUUAUAAGUUAACUAUCUCUUGGAUUUAACUAUAGACAUGACUCCCCAAUACUUCUGUGAAGAAAUGUUUAUUGAAAUGUCUGAGAGUUAGUAAAGCAACCAAUUCAAAUAAAUAUGUCUUUGACUACCA